AUGGUGAAGGCCGAUAUCAAACGAAAUUACUAUGCCGAUUUGGAACUGCCUACUGAUGCCUCUGUCGAGGAUAUUAAGAAGGCAUACCGCAAGCUCGCGCUAAAGUAUCACCCCGACCGCAACCCCGGCAAAGAAUCAGAAAUCGUUCCAAAGUUCCAGGCCAUUCAAGCCGCACACGAGAUCCUCCACGACCCAGUGUCCAAGACCCGAUACGAUGCAGACCGCAGAAAGGCAGGCCUGGGCGGUGGUGCUUUCACCAAGCCCAAUGUGCCACCGAGGAGCUCGGGAACGAAUCCCAUGUACCAGACCAGAUCCGACUUCCCUCCGCCGCCGAGACGUACACCCAACCCUACUAGCACAUGGCGUAGCACAGCUGCCGGCGCCUCAGGUGCCGACCGAUUCACAAACUUCCCGAAACCCGCUCCUACAAGCAAGAAGAACCCGGCAGACCCUGCAAAUGUCUUCAAUGCAUGGCAGAACAUGAAGUCACAGACGGCGGGUGCAUCGCCGCAGCCACCGCCACGACCAACACCCAAGCGUCCAGUACCAAGACCUCCUCCCAGGCAAGACACUCGCUAUCCCACCGAAGAGGACAUUCGGGCGGGCAUGAACUACCGCGAGGCUCCUCCCAAGCCUGCGGGUGGAUACGGUGGCUUCCGCUCUGCCUGGGCCGAACACAACAGUGCUUCUGGCACUCCGAAGAAGGAUGGCUUUGAUCCCACGUCAACUGGCGAUGAGGGCCAGGCAGGCAGUACAGCCAACUAUUCAUCGUCCAGGAGAAAGUCUGCCGACCCACCAUACUAUCCACCUCCUCCACCGCGCUCUGCUUCGCAAAAGGAUUACUCCGAUGUUCCUGCUGGAGAUGCUCGCACUAGAACAAGCUACGCGGCCGAAGAUACCCGGCGCACAGCGAGCACUCCCCAUGUGCCCGGAGCCGCGGGAGCAUCAUCACAGUUCCGUCAGUCGACACGUAAGGCGGGUACUGGUACUGCCAGGAAACCUUUUGUCGUCUACAGCUCAAGCGAUGACUCCGAGACUGAAGAUGACUCCGCUUCCACUACUCCUGACACUGCACAGAAGAACCCCCAACCGACGACUACCGAUCAGCCCGCUGAUGCAUUCGCACGCUCUUUCACUCGUCCUAAGAAGACACCCAAUCCGCCUAGCCGACAGUUCAAGAAUGGCGUACCGUACAAGGCUCCAGGCAAGGCCGGCGGAAGCACCAACUCCGAUCCAGACGCGGCAGAGAAUGCUGGCGAAAAGGACAAACCAACAAUAUUUACGAUGCCCAUUCAUGCUGACACUUUCAGACCAAACAUGGCUAAAAGCCGCAGCGAAGACAGCAUCAACACCUCGUUCGUACCCGAACAGUGGGCCGGUGACUUUACCAGUAACAAUGUUUUUGCUGCCGCCCAGGCCGCUACUGGUCGCAAAUCUUCUACACCCUCACGCAAGUCGUCGAGAGGCUUCCGCCAACCAUCGAGGACCAACACUGUUCAUGAGACGUCUGCCCAAGAAAUGCCUGUUGAUCCUACCAUGGACCCUACGAUGCCAUCGCCGCCUCCGCCGCCGGCCAAAUACUCACCUGAAGAAUGGGCAAAGCACUUCCAGGACGCAUCCUGGGCAUUUGAUCCCAACACACUCCGUACUUCCUCGCCUGGUAAGCCAGAGUCGAAAACAGCCUCUAGGAGUAACUCGGCUGCAGUGAGGAAAAGCUCGAGAGUUGCCAAUAAGAUUCCAAUCAACACACCAAAGCCCGCAACGGUAGCAGAUGAAGUAGACGAGAACACCGCUCGAACACAAUCACCGGACGAAAUGGACGUUGACGACGCACCACCAGCGAGCACACCGACUGUACCUCAACCCACCACUACACAGGAACCUCGCAUCUACCCCGUCGACACCUCUAAUCUCCGCCAAUCCGACUCCGAAGCAAAGGCAAGCGAAAACUCAGGCUUCAACGUCAAACUCGACGACCUCGGUGCCGCAGUGGAUCCCCAACCAUCUCAGGGUCUAGACGGUCUGUCCGACAUCAGCAGCACUUUGCCGUUCACCUCUAAAGCCUCUACCACCAUUCCCACCUUUACACCCCAGAACCUGGUGCUUCCCCCCUUACCUCGCGCCCCUUCUACUCCCACAAAGCUCUCCCGCAGCUCAUGGUCAACCUACUGCACCACCUUCAGCAUCUACCUCGACAAAUUCAACAAGUACAAUGCAGUGAUUGUCGCACACUUUGCUUCUCGGCAGGAGUUGGCUGCAAAAGUAGUCAGAGCGGGUAUCAGAGCUCUAGAGGCUGUGGGAGAGGCCAGUACCGGCGAGGGCUUCAUGAGUUAUGCACAGGGCGUCAAGGAAGAUGAGAGAGUGAGGGAACAUUGGAUGGUCGGAUGUGAGAGACAUGGGGAAGCGAUUAAAGAGUUUGAAGCGGUCAGGGAAAGGGUCAGGAGUUUGAGUUUGGGGGCUGGGUUGCCUGAGAAUUAG